GAGCCGGCCGCGCCGGCCGGCCAGGUUCAAAGGUCACCGCAAGUGAAUUCGCCGGUUGUGUGGAUUUUCCAGCGUUUUGCACGUAAUUUCUACACACCAAAAACCACAAUGUAUCGACGAGUAAUAUCGAGUGUUGUGAGCAAGACAAGAACGGUGAUUAGUCUUCAGGCUUGUAGUCGACCUGUUGUUGCAUCAAGGAGUUACUCAUCCAAGAAGGAGGAGACGGACGAGCAGUUUGAUGCCCGGUGGGAGGCCUACUUCAACCGUCCAGAAAUCGAUGACUGGGAGCUCCGACGAGGCCUGAAUGAGCUUCAUGGCCAUGACUUGGUCCCCGAACCUAAGAUCGUUGCUGCCGCUCUGAAGGCGUGCCGACGUCUGAACGACAGCGCCAUGGCUGUACGCGUCCUUGAAGCGGUUAAGGACAAGGCCGGAAGUCACAAGAACAUCUAUCCCUACAUGGUUCAAGAGCUCCGUCCCACCCUAGAUGAGUUAAGCAUCAAUACUCCGGAAGAGCUCGGCCUAGACAAACCACUGGAAGACAAGAUUAUGUAGCUAGACUGGUGCCAUUACAAGAUGAAUUGAUGGUCCUGAAUUCCUGUACCUACAUCACCACACUGUGACAUCAUGUGCAAUGCUCUGGUGGCAGCUUGGUACCAGACCGUUCCAUUCGAUUGGCUUCAACUUAAAAUGCAUGAUCUAUGCAAUGGGGAACACAAAAAAACUUUGAUUUCAGAUACAACCACAACUUAACUCGUUACUUAAUUCUUUCUAAGUAUCUUGCAAUAUCAGUCAGGUUUUUUUUUUCUUUGCAACUAAAAUGAUUGACAGCUGACAAAAUAAACGUAAUUAAAAUAUU